AUGGUCCAAAAAAUACUCAAUAAAUUCGUCGGGGCCAAAUACGUCACAAUUUUGCGGACGUGGGUACCGAACAUGUUAGCGUGGGGGACGGUGGGUGGCGUAGCGCUGGUUCACUUCACCGACUGGCGGUUGAUCCUCGACUACGUGCCGUAUAUUAAGGGCAAGUUCCGCAAUGAUGACUGA